UUUCUUGACCAUCAGUGACUACUGAUCAGAGAUUACAAAUAUCUACAAAUGUUGCUGAGGUAUCCGUAAAUAACGUGUUAGUAAUUUGUCUUUGGUAACGUAAGAUCGUCUUAUUUGACGAGAAAUUUAUGUAUUCCGUUAAAGGUCAUUCGGAAAGGCUGUGCAUAAAACAUGGAUAAAACGAAAGAAUGGCAAAUGGAGUUACUGAUGGAGAAACUGCGCUCAAAAGCUGGACAAUUUAAGUCAUUUGUGGAAAGUGCAAAGGCACUAAGGAUGUCGAUACUGGAAAAGAGGUAUCCAGUGGAUAAUGUGGAAAGGAAUCAGCUUCAGAAAUGUUUAGACAUCUUGCAGCAUUCAAUCAAAGUUACUUCAUUGCAAGGGAUGGUAGAGCGUCUUGAAAGUGUUACAAGGCAACUAGGGUUAAAAUUUUCACCUGGUGGAUCACCACUAGACUGGUUUAUAUCAUCAGAUAUGUUCUAUCUGGAGGUGAUGUUAGAGUCAACAGGAGGAGUCAAAGAUGUCAGGAUUCACCAUGAAGGCAAAGUUGAACAACAAAGUUGCGAAGAACUUGUGUCAUGUCUAUCAAGAGGAGAUUUUGCUGACUUCACAGCACAGUUAGAAGGAUUGGCAUCCAUCUAUCAAUUAAAUGCUGAAAAGAAAGUGAAAUGCAAGGCAUUUAGUGCAUUGCAAAGUCUGGAAGCUGAUUUAGGGACUCUUGCCACACUUCAGUCUUUUAUCAAGGAACCUUUCAACUUGGUUCAUAAAUCCCCUGUUGGAAUUUUAGAAAAGAGGCGUGGAGGUCAUGCCAUGAAGCUAACCUAUUUGGUACCUCCAUAUGAUCUACUAGACCAGCAAACAAAUUCAUCACUGUCUUUAUCAGUGGAGGAAGUUACUUCACGAAACCUUGGUUACAGUGUUAUGGUGUGUUUGGAAGGAUCUGCGGCCCACAAAUUGCAGACUACUGCUCUUAUUUCUGUUAAUCGUAGUCCCAGUGGCAAAAGCACACCUCUUUAUGCAUCAUUGAGUGCUGCCAACUCUGCAACACUGCCUGCCUGCUUUGUUCUACGCCUUAACAAUCCAAUGCCUAUGUGUUUGAAUCUGGUGCGUCGAAUUCAGCAAGUCACUGAGAUGGAGUGUGGAGACCUUUCUACUCCACAUCCAUUGCUGAGUCUUGUGACUCAACAUGCAUCAGCUGGCCAGUUGGAUUGUGCCAACAACCGAGGACUCUUUGUGACAUUACCUGAUCAGCAGCAUUGCUUCUUCAUGACUGAGAGCAAGAACCUAGAGGGAAUUUUGGUUUCAAAUAUCCCUUUUUUACAUCCAGCUCAUGUUCCGCAGAUCCUCAUGCUAUUACGACAGCAGGCUUUAUUUAAUGUUCUUGUCUCAAGUUGUAUCAGGCCAGCCAGCAAGCAUGCAGAUCUGGAGAGUGUAAUAAUGUUUGAAGUGACUGCUCUUUCCUGGCAACAUCUUUCUAUUUCAUUUGAACAUCCUCUGGAAGAGACCAUGACAACAGCAGAGUUGGAUCUGGCAGAUAUCUCAAACAUCAAAUGCAAGGUGUAUGGUGCUGGCAAUGGUGAAAAUGGAUGCACACCUGAGCAUGCCAGUAAAGUUUUACAGAGAUGUUGGUCAAUACCAGUCACCAUGCGGUCACUAAUCCGUCUUUGGCAGAGUCAUAACCUUCGUUCAAAUGGUCUUACAGCCGGUGGUAACCUUAGUCUUCCCCCAGGCAGUGACCCUGGUCGUGGGCAUGGUGGAUCCAUGACACCAGAUUUUGAUGUGAGUCGUGUUAAAGCUGAACCUGAUGGUAGUAGUUUACCUCACAGCCAGUCACUAAGUGGUUCAGGAAGCCGUCAAGGAUUUGGCCCUGAUAUGUCAGAUACAGGUGUUGGUUUCCAGAGUCCAGGAAAUCCAAUUGAAAGUUCUGUAUCAAAUACAUUUCAGUUUGGUGCUUUACUUUCUAGUCAGGGAUCAGUUGGAAAAGGGCCUGUUUUGCUAAACAUGCUUAGUGAGCAGACACCAAACACCAAAAAACAACGGAAGCGAAACAACAAAGAUGGGAUGUGGCGAAGUCCUAAACGAAAGCAGAGUGAAGAAUGUGAGAUUGUUCUAGAGAGUUCAAGCAGUGACUCAACCCCUUUGGGAACUCCAACUUCAAGGGAUGCCCCCAUGGAAACUAUUUUGGAUUGUGAAGAGGAGAAAACAGGUUCAGAUUUUGGUGAGGAAGAAAUCAUGCCAGUUGAAGAAGUAGAAGAGAUGAUUGUUAGGAAACCAAAGAAAGAAAAGAAAACUUCUCCGCCAACUAUAAUUCUUGAUUUGGCUGAAAGCAAAAAUCUUGUAGCUCCAUCAGUAAGCAUAACUCCAAUUACAUCAUCUAGUUCCAGUUUUAAUUCCGUUUUGACAGGCAUGGGACUUGAACGGAGACCUGGGAUUGAGAUAAUCCCCAUUGUUUCCACUCCAGCUACGUCUCUUCAUUCCUCCAUCACAAUAACCCCAAUUUCAUCCAAAGUGAUUGCAGCAGAUGAUCGCAAUUACAGGGACAGGAAGAGUGGGAAAAGUCGAACUGAAGAUAAAAUGAGGCCUGACAAGAAACGAAAUAAACGGAAACGGGAAGACAGCCCCAGUGGUUGUGGUGGUUCUAGUGUUGCAAUGGGACCCCCAGACAAACUUCCUCCCAAACAGGAUCCAUUAUCCAAACCAGUGUCAGUUAGCAUAAAGCCUACCGAGUCACCACCCAUGACAUCUGUUCGUCCUUCAUCACCAGCUAGUGCACUUCGGAAGGUAACUUCCUCCCCGACACACGUGAAUCUUUCCUUGACCAAGUCAAGCUCGAGCAAACCUUCCUCUUCACACCAGAGUCCCAAACAUUCUCCAGGUUAUACAACAAGCAGCCCCAAGCACCAUGGUACCUCAUCUCCAAAGCACCAAUCAUCUGGAGGGUCUGGGAAACCAAGCAUGUCUGCACUGAAAUCUGCAGCAAGUUCUCCAUCAACUGCAGGGAAGAGUGGGUCAGAUGUGCCUAAAGUAAAAUCUUCAUCCAGCAAAGAUAAGGAUCGCAAAGUGUCCAGUUCUUAUAGUGGAGCAAGCUCUGGGUCUGGUUCAAGUCCUAAGUUGAAGUCGUCCAGUGUGAAGUUGAAACAGUUGGAUAUAACAAGUGGAAGUGGUGAUGGGGGUACGGGGCCUCAGAGUGGGGCUGGCACACCCCCAUUAGUGACCAUAGAUGGCAACAAAUCAUCUGCAGUGCCUCAGGUACGGAAUAGGAAAGGCUCACUUUCAGCAGUGAUAGACAAACUUAAAUCGGCUCAGCACCAGGGACCUGAACCAGGUGAGGUAAUGAAAGAGGGAAGAGGUAGUGGUACCAACCCAAGCAGUAAGAUACCAGGAGAUACAUCUGGUAGUAUUAUUAGUAGUAGCAAGAAUCCAGGGGAAUAUAUGGUGAAAUCAAGCUCUGAAGGCAUAAAGAUCACAAUCAAUAAAACACGAACUAAGGACUCUAAAUCUGGUGUUGUAAAAACUUCAUCAUCAUCAUCAUCCAGCACUGGUUCUGGAUCACCCAAGACUCAUACUGGUCUGAAACCAGGAGUUAAUAGUGGACCAGCUUCAAAGAAACCACAUCAGAUGCUGCAACAGAAGUCCACCAGUGGCAACAGUGGUAGCAGUGGAAUUUCCAGUUCCAGUAGUAAGGCAGGCAGUGGUAGUAGCAGUGGUAACCCUUCGUCUAAAAUCCCAUCCACUAUAAAAUCUACAAGUUCUCCUGUAUCUGGCAUCCUUUCUAAGUCUGCUUCAAAAUCCAGUGGAUCACCAAAAAUGAGUAGUUUGGCUGAUGCAAAUAGACGGGACAAUAAACCAAGAACUUUGAAGACUGGCAGUGAUCGUGAAAAGCCAGUUUUCUCCAAGGGGCCUGAUGCUAGAAAAUCCAGCCCUAUUGGUUUGAGAGAUGAAUUAGAAGGUGAAAGGGCUCUAAAACUUGUUACAGCUCAUGCCAAAAUAGAGCCAUCAUUACCACCACAGCUUAUAGUUGAGGGUAUGAUAAAAUCAUUAGAUACAAAAUUUCAGAUACCAAAACUCUCUGCACGAAGCAGUAAUCUUAAUGAAGGAGAUUCAAAGAAACAGUCAUCAGAUAAAACAUCAAUUGGAGGUACAGAAUCCAGUAAUAGGAUGGAUUCAGGAGCCAAACCCAUAGAUCUGGUGGGGAAAGUAGAUGGUUCAAAUACCUCAACAAAAUUUCCACCUCUUUCUAAAACAGAUGAUAUGAAAGGUUCCAAAAUACCAGCAUUGGCAUCUGUCACACCUGCCUUAGCGAUAUCAAGUCUUACAACACCAACAUUAAAACCACCACCUACUACAGCUUUUCCAUCAGUUACUUCAAAAUUACAGGAUAUAAAUUUAGACACUUGUCCACAAAUUUCAGCUCCUACAGCUGCUCCAAUAGUUGCAAGCAUGUCUUCUAGUAGUUCUGAGCCCACAUCUGGAGAAACAUUGGAAGUAUCCCGAAUGAAGACUGAUUUGCCUCGUAGUGGACAAUCUUCAGGGAAUAAUGCAAAGGAAGAAACAACAAUUCAGGUUAUAGGAAAGCUCGAGAAUCCUGUAAAGUCUUUCUCUGCUAGUAAUAAUAAUAAUGACCCUUCAGUUCUUUCUACGUUACACUUGAGCAAAACUGUGGACUCUUCCCAGACUAAGUUUUCUUCCUCAUCUUCCCAAAAGCAGGCAGAAGAUUCUAAGAAGCUUGUCAACUUAAGUGAUAUUCCAAACAAAUCAACAGGUCUAAAUAAAAUGACACCAGCACCUACUACCUCACAAGAAGCAGCGGAAAUACUACUGGACAUGUCAGCAUCUUCAUCUCUCCAAAACAAACCUCUUGUUGUAGAACAGCAGGCUGGGAAACUGGCGACUGUACCUGAGCGUGCAGUUGCUGUAUCAGCUCCAAGCCGAAGAAACACGCCCCCUCCUCCACUACCUCCACCACAACCCUCUGUCCAGGUACAUAUUUUGCAGUCGCCUGCUGCUGCUGCAUCUACAACUGCCUCACCUGUGGUGAUUACUUCGCCCCAUUCAGCAUCCCCCUGCAGCAUAGAUGAUGAACUCAUGGAUGAAGCUCUUGUUGGGAUGGGCAAAUGAGAUGUGUAUGCAAAGUAUUUGUGCAUAUUCAAAGACUGGUUUUACACAUUUAUUUUGUUAAUGUACAUACUGUGUAUCAUGACUUCUUUUGUCAAACAAAUAAUUAUGGUGACUGCAGUAUUUUAGAAUGCCCCAAAGUUAAGACUAUGUAUAAAAUAUUAUGUAAUAUAAGUAUAAAUAUACAUAUUUAAAAAUUGUUUCCAAGUUUGAUGCUGUGAUCAAACAUGGAGAUGUUAUUUUCAUAUUUCAUACACUGAAAUUUUGGCCUUUUUUAAGGACAUGGUUGAAUGCAUCAGGGUGAUUAAAACAUUUCCUAUGCAUUGUCCUUUUGUGUAUAUAGGAAACUCAUGGAAUUUCAGCUUGUGAAGAAGCUUGCCACAUAAAAGGUGCAGAGUGAUAAGGCGUUUCUUAUGGAAUGUGUACUGUAAAAGUAACUGCUAUGGACUUUUCUUCAUUUUAUGAAGACAUCAGAACUUCUGAAAUUUCCAUAUUUGCUCAUAAUGACCCAGUCCUUAGUCAGCGUUUAGGAAAUGCAGCCAACUCCACUGUUCAGGAGGGCUCAUAACUGGAAAUAUAUAUAAUCCUGAAAUCUAUUUUUUGUAAGCUCUGUGGUAAAACAUGUAAACAUUGUAUUAUAAGCAUGUGAAUCCCUCUACCCAAGCUGCAUGUAUGUGCUGACAACAGUAUUUUCCUAUUGGAAUAAACUGAAAUCAUGUCUUUUAUUUUUACCACUAUUAGGAUAUAAAAUACACUACUUUGUCCUUAAUAAAUAUAAUUUUUAUGUAUUUGGAUUCUUCUGUGUAAUUGUUCUGUAAUUAUUCUGCAUGAAUAAUCCACAGUACAAUCUAAAUCUAAAUGACUAAUCAAGAGUGUUAUUAGAAUAUGAGAAAGAUCUGAAAGAACUUUUGACUUGCGGUUUUCAUGGUGGUCAGAGUGAAGAUUAUGGUCUUCUGGGUUAUGAUGCCUUGUAGUUUUUUAGGUGGUUACAUUGGAGUAACAUACUGCCUCCAUCAUAUGUCCUGAAGAUGAACAAAUUUUACUUUUCUUUACUUAUGUAACUGGUUGUCACUCAGUAUACUGUUUGUUAUUAACCAGACUUUACAACAGUGCAGCAAUGAGAUCAGCAUUUUUGAACCUAUUCCAGUCAGUGUGCACCUUUGUCUUUGAGUGAAACUUCAUGUUCACCUUUUUAGUGAGAACUUUUAUCUCAACUGCAUGUAAUUGUGUAUUAUGAAAACAAGAUAUACAAAGACUAUUUAAUUUUAAAGAAUUUCUAUUUAUUCCAAGCAGAAUUUGAGGUUUUCACAGUGAUUGAGUUCAGAUAGUAUGUUUGUGGACUUUUGCAGCCAAGUGCUCUUCUGGUUGUAUUCGUUGCUUUGGCAAAACAUGCUGGUGCCUUCUUUUGCAGGGCAGCAGCAUGUUCCUCUAAAACAGUAUGAAUUCACUGCAACAACUCUGAGGACCACUGUCAAAAUGUACAUAUUCCAUGUUUGGCAAUGUAUGAAGUAUACGUAUCUCUCUCACUCCCAGGGGAUACAUGUUUGCUGGUUCAGAACUACUGAAUCAAUGUUGUAUAACUUAGGUUUUCAGGUGAGGUUUCUAACUCUUUUCCCUGUUAUUCUUGGUUCUUUUAUUGGUGCAUCAAAGCAGUAUGUUUUGUUCUCAAUUUGGAAAGCAUGUUCCACUUCAAUCACAAGUACACUCAUUCUCAAUACCAAUGGCAAAGUCAGUUCUUGUACUUUCUGAAAUAUUAUCUGUGAAAGACCGAGUACUAUAGAAUUAUAUUUUUACUGCCAUGAGUUCAAGAGAUUUCUCACCUUCCUAAAAUCGACAGUAACAGCUUCUGUAAUUAGGGUCCAAAUGCGUAGUGUGGAACAGUAAUGUGACGCAACUGCAGUAAACAGGUAAAAUAGAAAAGUAUCAGAACUAACCACUGCACAAAGUCAUAGGCAGCAGUACUAUACAUGUUUGUUUAUUCAUUCUUGUUUUUACUUACAUUAGUGGUAGGUGAACUGUAUAUACCAGAUGUCAGUUAAAUUAAUGCCUUGAAGUCUGUCAGGAUGCAUAAUUAUCUACCUUUUUAGUUGCUUUCCACUGUACUUUCCCUGCUUAUGCAUAUGUGGUAACUUUUGGGUGGAAGGUGAAAAAUGAGAACAGAAUUUGUAAAGAAGCCUCAGAAGACUGAUAAGUGUAUGAUAGAGUAAUACAAAUAUUUACAGCAUGUUAAA